CAAGGGGUUCCUGUACCAGUUUCGUGGAGACUACUGUCCACGGACAACUAAGCUUAAUCAUCUCAACCUACUCUGACUGCCCUCUGGUGAUCCUCCAGGCUGAGAGCGAAGGUGUUAGUGCGGGAGACGCCGACAAACUGUCAGGCCGGUGUGCGCAUCCGCUGACUACCCUCACCCAACUUCUGAUGGCAAACCCGUUUCUCUCAGGCGUGUGCUUCUGAGACUCCGCUGAGGAAUGAUGGGAAGUUUGCCCAGCAGAGGGAAGAGCCUGCCCAGCCCAAGCUCCAACUCCAGUUCGUCUGGCCCAGGCCAGGGACCUGUGUCCACACAAGCAGAGAGAAACAAAGCUGCAGCUGUGGCCCUGGGCAGUUUCCCAGCAGGUGAGCAGGCCGGACUAUCUCUGAGACUUGGGGAGCCACUGAGCAUCCUCUCUGAGGAUGGAGACUGGUGGACAGUCCUGUCCGAAGUGUCUGGCCGAGAGUACCACAUCCCCAGUGUCCACGUGGCUAAAGUCUCCCACGGGUGGCUGUAUGAGGGCCUGAGCCGGGAGAAAGCUGAGGAACUACUCUUGUUGCCUGGGAACCCGGGAGGGGCCUUCCUCAUCAGAGAGAGCCAAACCAGGAGAGGCUGCUAUUCGCUGUCCAUCCGACUCAGCCGCCCUGCAUCUUGGGACCGGAUCAGACACUACAGGAUACAGCGUCUUGACAACGGCUGGCUGUACAUCUCACCACGCCUCACCUUCCCCUCACUCCACGCCCUGGUGGAACAUUACUCUGAGCUGGCAGAUGACAUCUGCUGUGUCCUCAGGGAGCCCUGUGUCCUCCAGAAGCCUGGCCCACUACCUGGCAAAGAUACACCUCUACCUGUGACUGCGCCGACGUCAUCACUAAAUUGGAAAGCGCUGGAUAGCAGCAUCCUCUUUUUGGAAACACCUGCCAGUGGGGAGGCAUCUCUCCUCAGUGAGGGGCUCCGAGAAUCCCUCAGUUCCUACAUCAGCCUGACUGAAGAGAACUCCUUGGAUGAUGUCUAGUCCAAAACAGAAAGCAAAGGGAACCAAGGCCAUGGCACCUAGAACUCCAACUGGCUGACCCUGGCAAAGCACCCCAGAGGCGAGGCUGUGACUUCGGAGAGUGCUGGGGUGUGGGGCACAGGAACGUUCUGGGCCCCACCUGGACCUUCUGCUUCUUUCUCUCUGGAUUCAGAUAAGUAAUUUAUCUCAUCCCAAGGCCUCAUCCCCGCCUACAACGUCUAGUCCAUGUGCAGCAGUUCAAAGCAGGGCUAGUUAGGCCUCUACAGAGCA